AUGAACUUCCUAGGACUCCCAUUUUUCAUGCUGGUGAUCCGCGCUGAUGGGCACCAGUGUCAGCUGCCAGCCGUCAGGAUGGAGGCCUUUGAGAGAAGGGGAGACAUCCUCAUCGGAGGGCUUUUCCCGCUGCAUCACCAAACAUCAAGCGAUGCUGUGGCCAUCACCUUUACGAUGCCGCCUAAUCCCACAUACUGUCACACCUCAAUGCAGCGCCAGCAGCCCCUCCCAAAGGAUACUGCUGGAACUGUCAAUGGAAGACAUCCCUCAAGCUUGGUGCUUUGGUUUUACAAGUUCAUCCAAACCAUGGUCUUUGCCAUCAAAGAGAUUAACCAGGAUUCCAGCCUAUUGCCCAACAUCACUCUCGGCUUCCAGAUCUUCGAUUCUUGCCAGAUUCUUUCAAGAGCCCUUUUGGGUGCCACACAGUUUCUUGCGGGCGGUCAAAACCCCAUCCCCAACUUUCACUGCGGCCACACCCCGCCUCAAGCUGGUCUUAUAGGAGAGGCAGGCAUAACCGAGUCCAGGACAAUAUCUAGGUGGUUGGAUCUCUAUAAAUACCCUCAGAUCAGUUACUUUGCCACGGGCCCGGUGUCCGACGACGGCUCUCAGUUCCGCUCUUUCUUCUGCACCGUCCCCAGCAACAGGCUGCAGGCCCUGGGCCUGGCUCGGCUGGUGACCCAUUUUGCCUGGACGUGGGUCGGCCUGCUCACGACGGACUCCGAAUACGGGAGGCAAGGCAUUGAGAUAGUGCGGGAGGAGAUCGUCCGGCACGGGGCCUGCGUUGCCUUUUCGGAGCUGCUUGACAAACCGCCGGACGUGGGCAACGUCGAGAGAGUCGCCAGAAGGGUCGCAGCAUCCAAGAGCCAGGUCAUCGUCACCUUCUGUGGGUCUGAGGUUCAGCCUCUGCUUCUCCUGCUGCACAGCCAGGGGGUGACAGGGAAGGUGUGGCUCUGCUCCGAAGCCAUGAGCCACAUCACCUUCUACAGGAACCGGCAGGCCUUGCUGAUGCUCAGCGGUUCGCUGACCAUCUCCCCUCGCAAACGGCCAGUCCCCGGCCUGAGGGACUUUGUAGUCCGGCUCCACCCUUCCACUUCUCCAGAAGACAUCUUCAUCCAGGAGUUCUGGGGCGAAGUCUUCCAUUGCUGGUGGGACCCGAGCUCUGAGGAGGGGGGAAACAACAGCAGCCAUUCCUGCACAGGGAAGGAGAACUUGGGGGACGGCAGGAACUCCUUUGUCAGCAUGAUGGGGUUCGGCUUGUCCUUCAACGUCCACAACGCCGUCUAUGCCGUCGCCCAUGCCCUGCACGACAUGGCGCAAGAGGAGACAAGGGGCCUGAAGAGGACCAAAAGGGGAGUUCCUGGGAUCGAGCCCUGGAAGUUGCUUCACUACUUGAGGAGAGUCCGUUUCAAGAACAAGGUGGGCGAGGAAGUCUUCUUUGACCAGCACGGUGACCCCCCUGCCUUCUUUGAUGUCCUCAACACGCGCUACCCUUCCAUGAAUAAAUUCCAAGCUGUGCCAGUGGGGCAGAUUGCGUUCAGCCCCUCACAAGGCGAGGAACUGAAGGUGGACGACAGCGCCAUCAUGUGGACAGGAGGGAAUACCCAGCCUCUGGGGGCCGGUCUGGCCAGUGCCUCCAUCUGCGGCUCUCUCUUGCCCGUCUUGAUCCUCGGCCUCUUCAUCACUCACCGGGGGACCCCUCUGGUCCGCGCCAACAGCCAGGAGCUCAGUUACCUCCUGCUCUCAGGGCUGGCACUCAGUUUCCUCUGCUGCCUGCCGUUCCUCGGGAGGCCCACGCCUCGGUCCUGCUUGUGGCGCCAGGCUGCCUUUGGGCUGACCUUUGCCCUCUGCCUCUCCUGCAUCCUGGCCAAGACGGCGAUGGUGGUGGCAGCCUUCCGGGCCACCAGCCCUGGCAACCGCGCAAAGCUGUGGCUCGGGUCCAGGACGCCCCGUGCCGUGGUCCUGCUGGGUUGCCUGCCCCAGCUUCUGCUGUGCGCCUCGUGGCUGGCCAACUCCCCUCCCACCCCCGGGAGAGAUUUUCACUCCAUCCCUCACGCCAUAUCCUUCUUCUGCGAUGAAGGCUCUCCCAGUGCAUUCUGGGGCAUGCUGGCUUACCUGAGCCUGCUGGCGGCGCUCAGCUUGGCCAGGGCCUUCCUGGCACGGAAUCUCCCUGACGCCUUCAACGAGGCCUGGCUCAUCUGUUUCAGCUUGUUGGGGUGCCUUGGGGUGUGGCUGGCCUUCGUCCCUGCUUACCUCACCUCCAGAGCGUGGUACACAGCAGCCACAGAGGCCUUCGCCAUCCUAGCCUCCAGCUCAGCCUUGCUUUGCGGGAUGUUUUCCCCCAAGUGCUACAUCUUGUUGUGGCACCCUGAGCUGAACACCAGGAGGUUCCUCAUGAGAAGGGAAACGCACGCCAGCGCUUAA